UUUCAAAAGGAAAAUGUUUGGCUUCUGCCAGUAUAUCGAACAAAAGUUUUUCAUUCGGUUGCCAAACCUUUAAGUCGACACAUAUCUAAUAAAAACGGAAGACAGCUGCAGGCACAAGAAUUAUUCUUCGACAGACAGAACACAAAAAAUAGCAAAGCAUACAAAUGUCACUUGUGCCAACAACUUUUCAUGAUCUUGCGCGUGAACUCGACCGUCCGAUUCGUUAUUAUCCGCCUUAUGAUUUUCAUUUGUAUCCCUACCUUUGGGAUGAUCCGCGUUUGUGGUGGCCCUCAAACUCAUUGCUAAGGCCAAUGGACGAGUUGGUAACACGGCGUGUCCGCAAUCAAUCCAUUCAAUCGCAUCUCUUGGAUUGGGCCUAUCCCAUGCGCUGGGACAACUAUUACAACGGCGAAAGGGUGCACAUCGACGACAAGGGUUUCCAGGUGGAAAUAGACGUACGCAACUUUAGACCCCAUGAGAUUGAGGUUAAGACCACCGACGACUAUGUAAUUGUGCAAGGCAAACAUGCCCGACGCAACGACGGCAAUAGUAUGGUGGAACGACAUUUCUUUCGAAAGUAUCUGCUGCCUCGCGGCUUCAAUGCUAACGAAGUUAUCUCGGACUUGUCCACAGAUGGCAUACUCACAAUCAAGGCACCACCCCCACCUCCCACAAAGUACUACAAGCCCGGCGAACGUCUAGUCAGGGUCCAUGAAACUGGUAAACUUGCUCUGCCUUGGAAAUAGGCAAUGCCAAGGCGAAUCACUCACCAUACUAAUCAAAGAUUGCAGGCUAAUUGAAAAAGUGCAAGUGAAUAGUGACACUGAAGGCCAACGGCGAAUGAGUGAAACAAAAAUAAAUAAAAAGCAAACGAAACAGAAAAUACGAAAAUAGAAAUUGUGUCUACUUAUUUGUUGUUUGGUAGUUUAAUUUUUAGCGGAAAUACAGAAAAUUAUUCAAGGCCAUCAAUCUAUCAUAUAGUAUGUAUUUUAUUCAAAAUUUCUUUAAUGACAAAGUGCCAAAAUUGCCAGUACCAACAUUGGCAACACUGAAUUUUCCAAAAGAUUUGGGAAAUAUCUUUUUGGUGUUCCUCAAUGACUUUUUAUUGCACUUCGCUCAAGGAAUUUUGUUCUCUAAAAUUGCAAAAGUGAUCAAAUAGACUAUCAAUAAAAUGUUGAUAUAUCAA